AGGAGGGGGUCUACUAGUAAAGAUAAACAGCCGAAGAGCCUCUGAACCAGAUGAACAUGGCGGCUCCGGCUCUGGACUCUCCUGCCGCUCCGUCCCGCUGACCCUGACAGAACCGACGAAGUCCCCGCAAUACAGCCGCCCAUGGCACCUCAACUCCCAGAGCAACAUCUUCAAUCCAAUUGCUGAAAUCCUAAUCAACCAACACUCAAAGAGGACAGACUCAUCUUCCAAAGUGGACGCUGAGCAGGAUGCUUUGUAUUAGAGGUGCUGAUAACUGCUGAAGAUGAGUAGUGGUGGGGGGGACACUCCUGAGCCCCCCAAAGGGGAAUCUGUGAAGAGGAAAGACUGUCAGUCAGACCUCCUGGGACCCAGCCCGAAGCGAAGCACCGAGAGGCGCAACAGGGAGCAGGAGAACAAAUACAUCGAGGAGCUGGCAGAGCUCAUCUUUGCCAACAUCAACGACAUCGACGACCUCAACGUCAAGCCCGACAAAUGUGCCAUCCUCAAAGAGACGGUGAAGCAGAUCAGGCAGAUCAAGGAGCAGGAAAAGACUCUGGUGGCUAAUGCAGAGGAGGUGCAGAAGGCCGACGUCUCCUCCACCGGGCAGGCCGUCAUUGAUAAAGACACCCUCGGGCCAAUGAUGCUGGAGGCCCUGGACGGCUUCUUCUUUGUUGUGAACAUGGAGGGAAACAUCGUGUUUGUGUCGGAGAACGUCAGCCAGUAUUUGCGCUACCAGCAGGAGGAGCUGAUGAACACCAGCGUCUACAGUGUGCUGCACGUUGGAGACCACGCAGAGUUCAUCAAGAACCUUUUGCCUAAGAGUCUGGGUGAGAAAAUUGUCAGUCAUCGCAGCACCGACUCCUCCAACAGGAACAGUCACACCUUUAACUGUCGCAUGUUGGUCAACCCUCACGCCGAUGGCGAAGCGCGCCAGGCCGUCGAUCAGCAGGACGCAGCGCAGCAGAAAUACGAGACCAUGCAGUGUUUCGCCGUCUCUGAACCAAAGUCUAUCAAGGAAGAGGGGGAAGAUUUCCAGUCGUGUCUCAUCUGUGUGGCGAGAAGAGUUCCUGUCAAAGAGAGGCCUGUGAUGCCGGCGUACGAGAGCUUCACAACCCGACAGGACCUUCAAGGUAAGAUCACCUCUCUGGACACCAGUGUGCUUCGGGCAUCUAUGAAGCCGGGCUGGGAAGACUUGGUCCGGCGCUGCAUCCAGAAGUUCCACCUGCAGACUGACGGGGAGAUUUCCUUUGCCAAGAAACACCAGCAAGAAGUAUUGAAGAACGGCCAUGCCCUCAGCCCAUUGUACAGAUUCUCCCUGGCAGAUGGCACCAUAGUUUCUGCUCACACAAAGAGCAAACUGGUUCGUUCUCCAGGCACCAAUGAACCGCAGCUCUAUAUGUCGCUGCACAUCCUGCAGAGGGAAAACCUGGGGGGCAUGGCUACAGACAUUCCCAGUGGUCAGGACUCGGCCAAGUCAAUGACCCCAACAAGUAUGAGCAGCUCCUUCCCCUCACCUGAUGCCAGCGUCACCGGCAACAGCCAUCACUCCACCGGAGCCUCCUCCACCCCUGGACGUGGUUUUGGGUCUGUUCCAGGAAGGGCCAUCACGCCUCAGGGAAACGGCCACGCUCUGAAGCUGGGCAGCCCUUCUGGCCAAGGAAGUCCAAGCGUCAGCUCAGGGGUCCAGAGUGCCAUGUUGUCUCCUCGUCAUCGCCAGAGUCCCAGCGCUGCUGCAAGUAGCAGCAACUGCAGUAGCCCUCAUCUCCUCCAACAUCCGCCUGGAUCUUUCUCCCCUGCAGCUGGUUUGAACUCACCUCCAUCCGUGUGCAGCACCACAGGAAACAACCAAAGUUUUAACUCCCUCAGUGCGCUGCAGGCUCUCAGCCAGGGCACCAGGAUCUCCCCAGGGCUCGCUGACGGACAGCAUCCAGAGUCACCUGACAGAAAACCAACCGCUCUUCAGAGUAAUCUUCACAGCAACAAACCUGGUAGCCAAAUUAGCAAGAGCAGUCUCAGCUUAGAGACUGACUUGUUUGGAACUUUUGAAGAGCAGGAAGAGUUUUUGUCGUCCCAUGCCCAUGACGGUUCACAGGCAGAUGGGAAAGAUGUUGAUCCUGACGCCCUGGGCGGUAACGGAAACCAUGGCGAUCUUGCCGAUGCUGCAAACCACCAUCUGACCACCAAAGGCCACACCAAGUUGCUGCAGCUCCUCACCACUAAGUUAGAACCCUCUGAUCCUUCCUCACCACCAGGUCCCAUAGGAGAUGACCAGAGCUGUAAGGACCAGCUGUGUGGAGGCGCCGGACAUAACAACCAAACCACCUCGUUAAAGGAAAAACACAAAAUUCUCCACCGGUUGCUGCAGAACAGCACCUCACCUGUGGAGCUGGCCAAGCUAACGGCGGAGGCUACGGGAAAAGAUCCCAUUGGUCCAGAGUCCGCCUCAGGAGACAGCAUGGCUGCUCUUAGUGAACUCUGCACCAAACAGGAGCCGGGGAGCCAGGGAAAGAAAGACAAUGCAUUGCUGCGCUAUCUUCUGGACAGGGAUGACAAUGGCAUCCUCGACAAAGCCAUCAAAAUGGAACCAAGCGACGGACUCAAGCUGACCUGCGUUAAGACGGAGAAACAGGAUGAAGGUUUUAAUUUGGCUGAACAGGCAUCUGAGCUGGAGGACCUGCUGGAGGACCUGCAAAACAGCAGCCAGCAGCAGCUGUUCCCCAGUCGGCCUCCAUCCUCUUCAUCCUCUUCAUCAGCCGUGCCAGCUGGCUCCUCUGUGGACAAACAGACCAUCAUCAGUGACAUCCUGCAGAUGAACGACACCGGCAGCAGCAGCAGCUCCCCCGGCCAGCACAGAGGCUUCCCUCCCAUCGGAGCCGCAGCGAGCUUUAAUGGUGUCAGGCCAGGCCAGGCCGGUCAGGGGGCUCCUCCAGGCCGGAGCAUGUCUCUGGACAGCAGUAUGGGCUCCAGCCCCACCAGGCCUUUCCCUCCUCAGCACAGAAACAAUGGGCCAUAUUCCUUGCAGCAGCAAGGCAUGAUGGGAACCCACACCAGCAUGAACCAGGCAGCAAUAACCAACACAGGCCUUCGAGGCUCCAUGCAGCAGGGCUGGGGCCCCCAUGCUCCAACAGGGGGCAGUGCAGGACCCAUGAUGGCCCAUGGAGUGGGUCGAAUGGUACCCAACAUGAAUUCUGCACUCCCCACAAGAAGCAGUGGUCCAAAUGUCUCCAGAGCUUUGGUCAGCAUGCAGAUGAUGGGCAACGAGCUGGACAUGGCAGCUCCGCCCUACCACCAGCAGCAGGCUCCACCCAAUCAGACGGCUCCGUGGCCAGACCGAAUGAUGAUGAUGGAUCACUAUGGAAACCAAAGCAGGCCACCGUAUGGCGUUCCUCAGGAGGACGGGAUUGGCUGCUGUGGUUCUGGUUCUGAAGGGCAGACGGAUGAAGGUGCUCUGCUGAACCAGCUGUGUUCGGUGCUGAAGGACUAUGAGGGUCUGGAGGAGAUAGAUAAGAUGCUGGGAAUACCCACUCUGGCUGGACAGGGCCCUCUUUCAGAGCAGGACCAGUACCUGGGUCCGUCGGACUCUCCCUCCGGCCUGAAGCCUCCCCUCUACGGUCAGCAGUAUGGAGGGCAGCACGGUUAUGGCGGCAUGCCCCCGGAUGGCUUGUACCCUGCCCCAUCCAUGGGGGGCCACAUGGGGCCCCAAAGGAUGGCCCCGGCAGGCUACCCGCCCAUGAUGAGAAUGCCCGGCGCCCCAGGGCCCCGGGCCCCUGGCAUGAGACCUGCUGGUCCCAAUCCAAUGGCGCCGCAGCCCAACAACCUGAGGCUCCAGCUGCAGCACAGACUCCAGGCCCAGCUGAACCGUCAGCCAGUGAUGAACCAGAUGGGUGGAGUUGGAAAUAUGAAUCUACCUCUAAGAUCUAAUGUAUCGACCCAGGGACCUGUCAACGCCCACAUGCUGGCGCAGCGUCAGCGCGAGUACCUCAGCAACCACUUGCGUCAGCGGCAACAGCAGCAACAGCACCACGCGCAGCAGCAGCGUGCCAUGAUGAUGCGGACUCAGGGCAUCAACCUGCCGCCCAACAUGCCCAGCGGGGGCGCUGCUCCCUCGCCGAUGCCCAUGGGGGGUGUCAACCCCCGGGUGCCGCAGGGCAGCAUGCAGCGGUUCCCCUACCCGGCCUCCGGUUACGGUACAGGACUGUCAUCUCCUCCUCCUCCUCAUCCCGGCUCCUCCAGCCCCUUCUCCUCCCCUCUCUCCCCGAGUCAUCUCCUGGCAAGCCAGGGCAUGAUGGGAAAUGUAGGCGGGCAAUACAGCGGCGUAAUGAGCCCACCGUCACAGCACAGUGCCUUCCAGUUCAGCAAUUCAGGAAUGAGUCAGCAGCAGCACCAGGACCCAGCGUCAUGCUUUCCAUGUGGGGCUGGCGCGCCGCAGAGCCCCCUGCUGUCCCCCAGGAUGGGGCAGGGUCAGAGCCCCAUGCUGCAGCAGAACCAGGGCCAAACGCAAACCCAGGCCCAGGGGCCCAACCAGGGCGGACCGCCAAGCUACCAGACGAGCGCCGACCUAAACGGAUGGUCGCAGCCUGCAAACAUUUCCACCAGCAACAGUGUGUACCCCCAGCAGGCCCAGUCUCAGUACUCGACACAAUCCAGUGGAAUGUACAGCAGCAGCAACAUGAAUUCAGUGGCGGGACAAAUGGGCUCCAUGAACGAACAGGUGGGCGACAGCAGCCUGAUGCUGGAACAGUUCGGAGGAAUCGAUAUGCUGACCCAGGAGAACAAUGUCAAUUCAAACUUUUGCUGACCACGGCCUCAGUUGGGACACGGUAUGACCCCAGCUAAAACAGACUCACAGAGAAGUGUGAAGGUUUUAAAGGAAAUACUUGCUUUCAUCUCAGAGGACUGAGGAUGGAAGAAAAACACAAAAUGUAAAAACUUCUGAGCUUCACUCAGACUGGCCUAGUUCCAGUAGUUCAUUAAAUCAAGCACAGUUUGAAAUACCAUGAAAACUGUCAUCUGAACCACUCUGGCAGCAAACACACCUGUAGGACAGUCAUUAUAUUUCUGAUUCUGUCUUCAGGAAUCAUAACUUUAUGAUGAAGAAGGAUUUCACUGGCAUUUAUUCAACCAAUACACAAAAACAUCCAAUGGGCUUUUUGGGCUGAAUCAGCACAAAAAGGAGCUUUUUGUCUCCAGAAUGUGGAUUUUGGCAUCUCUUAAGAAAUAUAUGUACAUUUUCUCGCUGAAUAUUUUGGCUCAUGAAUUGCUGCUGUAAAACCAGCACAUAAACUGUACAUACAAAAGGUUUUAGGUAGUCAGUUUAAUGACACACGGGGUGAAAGCUGCUCACAGUGGCUGUUUGCUGUAAGGAGGGGGUCCAGUUUCCCAGGUUUGAUCCUUUAGUCUGAGGUGAAAUGUUUCUGCUUGACUACUAUGUGUGUGUUAGUGUGUAUGUGUGUGAAACUCAAACUGUCACAAUUUCACACUGUAGAGAUGUAUGAAAUUAAUCUUUUGAUUUUUUUUUUUUUGUUUGUUUUUUAACUCCUGGUUCUAUUUUAGAGCCCGACUGAACGUAAAAGGAAAACUAUAUGAAAGAUUUUACAGUUAUUUAUAGUUUUAAAGAUGUUUUAGAUUAUUUGUAUGGAAGAAAAUCAAUUAUAUCUUUAAGAUCUUUUGAAAUGGUACUCGUUGAUGUUAAUUUUAAAAGUAAUAUAUAUUUGAACUGCUGUAGUACAUAGGACAUGUGUCCCCUAUUUAAUGACUUUUCAAAUAAAGGUGAAUGUGUAUAAAUAGUGUACAUAGAUCUGUAUCACCCCUUUUCCUUAAGUGGUAUCAUGAAGCAGCAGUUUGGACUUUCAUAAAUGAUCGAUAGAGAGUAGAAAUAUGCCAUAGGUUAAACUAAGCACACUGUCUCUUUCUAUUCAAACAAACUUCCUGGUGGAUGUAUUAUUAUUAAGUUUGAAACAAACAAAAGACAAAAGCCUCAGUCGUUCUGUAAUGGGCAGUGCCAGUCUUUAGCUAAAUAGCACUGUUCAUAUGCUAAUUGUUAGCAUGUAGCGGUGAAAAAUGUCACAACUUGUGUUUUAUUCUGACUCGUUGUUGCGUUUUGACCAAAUUUUCCCACGCGUAGUAAUUAUUUUUCUGUCAUUGUGACUUAAAUGCAUCUGCAACCAACAAAACUCCACACUUUUUUCCGUCGGUGAGGAACAGAUUUUAUGUUGUAGUUAUUUUUGUUUCUGCCCCAGUACAGUGUGUCCUGCAUGUGGAAGAGAGCAGCAGCUGAGGAACAGUUUUAGAUAAAUAACGCUCCAUCAUUGCCCUUCUAUGCAUUUAACAGUUUUCACACAGAUAAUCUCAAAUACUGAUUUUUUUUUGUCAAAGCUCUGCAUUGUUAGCUCUCACAUUGCGCUUAUUUCAUACAUACACAUCACUAACAUGAUAUUCAUUGCUACUCAAAUAAUGGAACACGUCAUUGAUAACAUUUCUUAUCUCAUGUUAAUACUAUGCAAAGGCUUUGUCUGUGCUGAUGAAGAUUCAUUAGCUUGCAGAUGUUGCAUGUUUGAAACUGAAUGCCAUGUGUAGUUUAUCAUAAACUCUGAAAGCUUUUAUUCCCAGAUUAUCCCUAAAUACAGAAAAAUCACACAGACUGUGAUAAAAGUAACAUAACUUCCACACUAUUCAAGCCAAAAGAUCUGAUGGGACUUGAUGUUCCACAUAAUCAGUUAGUUGUGCUGCAUAAUAUGCAAUUUUAAAUAUGCCAAUGUAGAUGAUGCGACACAUCACUAUUAUUUUAUCCUUUCGAACUUUUAAUCUUAAAUUGAAUCUUAAAUCUUUAGCGUUCACCUGACACUGGAGGGCAUGACAACAAUGUUAGCAAGCUAAUUACUAGCAUGUAGCAGUAAAACUAUGUUAUAUUUUUGCUUUAAUUUAAUUGUAUUUGCAGUUAGAUCUCCUUUACCCACAAUAAACAGCAAAACUCCUCUGUAGUGUGACUUUUCUAGUUUAGAAUAAUCUAACUCUAAAAGCAAAUUUAGACAUGUAUUUUGUCAUUUUAUCUUUUUGUUUAUACUUACUUUAGAUGCUUGUUCAAUGAAGAUAAGUCGUUAAAGAUUCAGAAUUUACUUAAGCUUUAUUUACUUUACCCUCAAACUAUUUGACUAAGAGCCUUUACAAUUCACACUGAAAGUCAGGAACGUUUCGGGAAUAGCUCAGCUAGUUUAGGUGCUAUUCAUUAGGUGCUUUUUCAUAAUAAGCUUUUACUAUGUGAAGGAAACUGUUUAAAUUCAACAUGUUUUUUCUUGAAUUCCCUGCUUAACACGAGGAAAACUGGGAAAUGAAAACUGGAACACUGUAAAGAAAGUUGUAAUUUAGCUUUGUCUCCCUGUUGGUCCGGCAACUAUUAUUAUUUUGUUCUUUAUCCUCAUAUGAUAACAUAAAAAACCUCAGAGAUUAAACGUAGGCCAUAGAAAUGUUCUGAAUGUCUGAAACACUCAGCGAGAUCACGGUGAAGAUGAACACUCGUGGACAUUUUUUCCAGAUGUCUUAUAUGAAGGUAAACUGUUUGUCUCGAUUUAAACUGAGACAAGAAUACAUACUGGUAAUUUUGUAUAUUUUUAUCGAUUGCAUACAACUGUAUUUCAUGUAAAUAUGCAUAGAGUAAUGCCUUAGCUUUUUGAUUUUUUUGGUUUUGUUAGGUGUUUAGUUGUGAGGUUUUAAAGAGUACCUGGUGUGUCGAACUCUGCUGACUUGGUGAUGCUCCACUUUAUGCAGUUUAAAAGCAGGAAUGUUAGGUUUCCUCUCAAAAAAUGAGACUUUACAAGCUGUGAUAAACCUCUUAAGAUUUGUUAUGUUAGCACAUCCAACCGUUUCUCAUCACAUUGUUUGCAUGUACUGAAAUACUCCCUGAUUAGUACAGGAUUUUGGUUUUAAUUGAUUAUAUUAAAUAUGGCUAUUUAUUAAGCUACUUAAACUACAGUGGGCCAUGAAUUAUGGUAACAUUAUAGUCAGAUAUUCAAUGAGUUAUGUGUUGUUUCUAAUUAAAUGUACUUGACUUGAUUUUAGAAUCCAUACAAAUUUAAUGUAUUUUUUCAAAACUAAAACUUUAAACCUUAAAAGAUGCUCUAAAAAUUGAGAAGAGUGAGUCUAUAUUGAGUUUAACUUUUUUUUUUUUACAAAUCUGUGUUCAUUGCUGGAAAAAAAAAACUCAAUUUGGGGAAAAACCAGCUGAAGCCAAUCACCAAAACAUAUUUGAAGCUGCUAAAAAAUAUCUCCAUCAGUUCAAGCAUUAGAUGAUUUUGACGGCUCCACAGAUAUCAUCUGGUUCUUCCUCACACAGCCAUUAAACUACCAAGUUGGUUUAAUAUUCCUGUUGAUUUGCAGAUUUAUUUAGUCAUGAACAUAAUAACAUCUGUAGAUUCACUUCAAGGAAAUCAAGCCACAAUUCAGGCUGUUUCAAACUGCAAAGAACUAAAUAGUCAGAAAUGUGCUAUUUUUCUUUUCCUGAUUUUCUGAGUAAAGCAAAUGAAGCAGAUUUCCAGUGUUUGUAUUUUUUUUGUUAGGCACCACAAUGUGCUGCAAACUCCUUUUGACCGAGGCCACUGUAAAAUAUUAAAUGCUGUAAAUCUAACCAUUAAGUCAACUAGAGAGUGUUGAGGUUCAAAUUUGGUAUUUAAAAAAAUCAUAUUUGAAGUAUUGUCUCUGCUGUGGAGCUGAACUGAAACGUCUCAGCAGCUGCACAGUCCAGUUCAAACUGUUUCUUUAGUGAGUUUUUACCCAGCAGUUGUUCACCGACUUUAUGCAAACUGUCGACUCUGAUGUUGCUUCUGCCAAUGCUGCUUGUUGAUUUCUGAUUGAUGCCACUGUAAAUAAACUAUUUUUAUUGACCUGA